AUGCUCUCGACUUCAGAAGGAUUCGAAUACACGCCAACCCAGGGUUCGAAAGCUGGACUACCUACACAAGCUGUCAUCUCUCCUCCUAUUUCGGACGCCGACCCCUCGAUUCUGUACGAUGUGAUCAUCAUCGGCGCUGGGUAUACGGGGUUGACUGCCGCCCGAGAUCUCACAGCUAAAGGACGAAGUGUUCUUCUCCUCGAAGCUCGUGACCGUAUCGGCGGUCGUACAUGGACAACCGUGACCGCAGAAGGCGACGUCGUCGAUCUCGGAGGGGCAUAUGUCCAUUGGCACCAGCCCUUUGUGUGGUCUGAGAUCGUCCGGUACGGAUUGAAAGACAAGAUCAAAGACGCCUACGAGCAGUACGAAGGAUCGACACAGUCUUCUAUCAUCAUUGAUGGGGUUCGAAAGGACUUUGACCUCCCUGACAUGGACGCAUGGCUCGAUGGUGCGCUGCAGACCUUCUACAACGCAGACGGAGCACACGCCUCUGAACUCGUCCCGUAUCCACAUACCGCCUUGCACGAUUUCGAAACAGCCAAGAAGUACGACUCUCUCAGCGUGGCGGACCGUCUGGACCAAGUUCGCGGUACCGUCUCGCAAGAAGCACGACGCGCGGUCGAACUGAUCUCGACGCUCAUGAGCGGCCCCCCAGCCCGGACAGCGAGCUACUACGACCUCCUCCAGCGGUGGGUAUUGGGAGGGGCCACGCACGACGCUUACACGGCACACAUGGCCCGGUACAAAUUGUCGUGCGGGCAGACAGAACUGGCCAAGCACAUAUUUGACGACGCAGUCAAUGCUAAUAAGUCUCUCAGAGUGAACGACAGUACCGCCACGCUGUCGACGACCUUGUCAUAUGCGUUCUCCGCACCCGUUGAGACGAUCGACUAUACCAACUCGUCCGAGGGCCGUGUGCAGACAACAGAUGGACGUGUGUUCAGGGCCAAACAGAUCAUCUGUACAAUUCCUCUUACCGUUCUCAAGGACGUUGCGUUCGUCCCGACCCUCCCCGAUGAAAAGACUCGAGCUUUCAAAGAGGCGAGGGUGAAUAAUACGCAGAAAGCGUGGAUGCGAGCGGAGGGCAAGCAGUGGCGGACAUGGGCUGCCCUACGACAAAAAGGCGAUAUCGCAACCAUGGUUUCCGGGGACGCUCAUUCUGCGUCACCAGACAGUCACACAACAAAUCUCGUUUAUUUCUCGGGUGGGAGGAUCUCGCAAACGUCGCCCAAGGAGGUCGUCGAGGAUGCCCAGUCUCUCCAUCCGGAUUUGAAAGUUGAUCGAAUGAUCUCUACGGACUGGGUGACGGAUCCCUACUCCAGAGGAACAUGGUCCCUUUUUUCGCCAGGGUACAUGACCACGUACCUCACCGCGUUACAAGAACCACUGGGGAAUCUCAAGUUUGCUAGCUCCGACUAUUGCGAUGGGUGGAGGGGCUUCAUCGAUGGGGCCAUUGAGGCCGGAAUGCUUAUUGCCAGAGAGGUUGACAGGGACCUUGAAUCUUGA